GAGGGGGUGUGUCUCCCAGGCUGAGGGCGAGGCAGUGACUGCCAGGCGUCAGACGUGACUCGUCCACCACCUGUGACGAAGUUAUCAAGAGACGUAAUAUAUCUGGUGAACACCACAUGUAGAGCUUGUCUCUAUGUGCAGGUGUGUUCUAGCAACUAUGACUCAGAGUUAGGAGCGUGAAGGAUCAUUGUUUUACAGGUUCAUCAUUGUUUUGUGCCUGGUAAGAAGUACAAGAAAUUACAGGACCUAGAAAUAAAUACUGCUACCAAGAUCCAAGUGCCCAACACAAAUCAGAACUCUGAAGACAUUAUCAUUAUGGCGACCAGACAGAGUAUGGAGAAAGCCAUGCAUCAUACCCAACAAAUUACUGAACAAAGGUGCCACAGGGUGUCAUCACAGCAGUCAAGUACAAACACACCAGCUUUUUGGGACCCUCAGGAUAAGCUGAGACAAGCUUUGACAGUGAAAUGUGCCAAGGCCAGCAAGGUUGUAAAGGCAUAUGUGGAAGCUCCCACCUGGUCCCACAAGUUUGUUAUUGGAUGUAAGGGUGUCAACAUUCGCCAGAUUACUCAGGAUCACCCCAAAGUACAUGUAGAGUUUCAAGGCCAGCAGGGAAGCAUUAAGCUGGAAGGACCCCCAGAGGAAGUUGUAGCAGCCAUAGAGAAGCUUGAAUUCAUGAUAGCAGAGCUCCAGAGAAAACUGUGCUUUGAUCAGAUCACCGUCAAUCCAAUGCUCUGUAAGCACAUCAUUGGAAGGAAUGGCUCAAACAUCAGUCGCAUUCGUAAUGACACUGGAGUUUCAUUCAACAUAACGGAGGUUGGUCAUAGAAGUCUUAUUCACUUUGAAGGCAGCCCAGAUGGUGUAUCACGAGCAAGGAAGGAUUUGGAGGAGUUGGUGGCCAAGUUUGAAAAAGAGACGGAGAGACGCAUAAUUAUUGAUCGUCGUUUCCACGGUGUCUUCAUUGGCACUAAGGGUGUCAAGAUCAAGGAGAUCAGAGACAAGUUUAAUGUUCGGAUCUCCUUUCCUAACCCAGGUAAGCAUCACAUUAUUAAUGUCUGCUUCAAAUGAUAUAGCUCUUGUAGG